AUGGUACAUUUGAGGGUAGCACACUUCGGAUUUUUGUCUGGUAAUUCAAACUAUGAUGCCGCCAAAGAUAAAAGUUCGGAUGCGAAUUCAGAACAACUCGAUGAAAAAUUGACACAUUUGGAAAGGAAUGACAAUAAACAAUGGCAAUGCGAAGCGAAACUCCAUAUGCCUGUGCACAAUGUAACAAAACGUUUACAUUUCAACAAUCGUAUCAUAAACAUCUACUCUAUCACAACGAUGAGAAGCCUCACACAUGUACCUACUGUGGACGUGCUUUUAAAGAAUUAUCGACACUUCACAAUCAUCAACGUAUUCAUACGGGUGAAAAACCGUUCUCUUGCGAAACUUGUGGUAUCACAGAGAACUCACAAGUGCCAAGCACAACCACCUGGAACAGUAGUAAGGCAAGCAGGGGAACUGGUUGAAAAACUCAAAUUAAAGCAUAUUGAAUCGGAUUGUAAAAUAAACGACAAGCAAGUAACUGCGAUUGAAAAUUUAACUUAUACUGAUGUUUCUGAAGCUAAUGCUGAAUUAGUCCGCACAGGAGCUAAAUUAUCACUAGAGGAUAUGGAGUCCGAGCAUUUUUCGUUAAUAGCCGAAAAUUUUAAUGAAAUAGGAGACAGUGGCACAUCGUUAGUGUCGGGCACAGGACAAGAUGCUACAUUAUCAGGUAAAAGUGAUGAUGUUAUUUUUAAUCAAAAUAUUGAGGAAUUAAUAGAUGCUAUACCAAUGCAGGACAAAAGUAUUCCAUCGCCUUCAGAAAUUAUGAAAAAUUUAUGUUUAUCAAAGGACGACGACUACAUUGAAAUUCUUCAAACUUCAAAUGAAGGAAAACCUUACGAAAUCUGUAAAGACUUUAAUGUAUUUCUCUGA